AUGGGUUCUAGAUUAAGCAGACAGAGUAGUCUGGACAAUGAGAAUUUUACGAAAAGGCGUUGCAAGCAUCUUAACAGCACAGGAGAAGGCGACAGAGGUAGAAUUCAAGGCGGCGACUUUCUGUUUACAAUGAUGCUGAAAUCAGAUAAACUGCCGGGGAUGCUGAGGCGGUCCAAUCACAGUCCCUACGUGAGGCGAGUGGCAUGGAUCCGAGAGAUACAAAAGCUGCUCCGUGAUCGCAGGAUAGAUCAGGCAACCGACGUGCUUAAACUAUUGAGGAAGGAUCUGGGCUUGGAAGGAACAUCCCUAAAUGACAUCUUAUAUAAGAAUGCUGCUUUUCUCAACCUGGUGGAUCCCAUCUCCCAUGAGCUGCUGCUAAGCCUGGCUCGCGAGAUGCAGUGUCCCAAGAAGAAAGAUGCUGACACCAUCAAGUCAUCAGAUAAGAUCUGCAGACAGCUGAUCUACCACCUGACACCUCAUUCUAAGUGGCUCAGACAGAGCAUGUCCAGGAGGAAGUCCCAGGCCUGUCUCAAGACAACCCUGCAGAGAAAGGUAUCCACUGACAGAGUCGACUUGUCUGGUAUCCCUCUCUCCAGUCGAGACGUACGCCACGUGGCCUUCUACCUCCAGAACAGUGGGGAUGCAGUGGUGGCUGUAGACAUCAGUUUCACAGAGCUCCAGGACGAGAACCUUCGUAUCCUGCUACCCCACCUGGGGUCUCUGCCCAAACUCAACACCCUGGCCCUCAAUGGCAACCGGCUGACCCUGGCCAUAGUCAAAGACCUGACUGAGAUCCUAAAGGACCCCAAGAAGUUCUCCAGCUUGGUUUGGAUCGACUUGAGCAACAACUUGGACAUUUUCACCAUGCCCCAGCCUCUGUUAGUGGCCCUACGACGCCGCUGCAGCCUGAAGAGCAGCCUGCCCACCAUCUACGAGUACACAGAGGGUCAGCCCUACUGCUACCACAUGGAAACCUCCAUCGAGGAGCCCAGCCACUACGAGGAGGAGGCAGAGGAAGAGGAGGAAGAUGAAGAUGAGCUGGAGCCGUGGGGUAUUGGGGGUGGAAAGGUUUCGAAGGACUUCACCCUACACUACUGUGAGAGGUGAUGAGGUGACCUCCCCCUGGCUUGGCCCUGCUGUAUUUAAAAGGC